UUUAGUAUUAGUGAUUAGUGAGCGCCAGUAAUAAUCUUGCGUUAGAAGGAGUUUCUCACAUCCAAUAGUCUGGGAUCACAUAAAGACCAAACACUUCACUACUGUUUUCACUCAUUUGUUAGUUAUCUUUCACAUCAAUCGGUUGGUUGGCAUUGACUUAACUAAAGAAUUGAAAAAGUUUUUCAUUAGAAAUGUUUCCCAAACUUUUUGUCAUCUCUUUUGUUAUAACUUUUCUUUUACAAUGUAUUGAUUGCCAACAAAUGGUUACUCUUUUAAGAUCGGCUUCAAACCAAAAUCCACAAACAGCUCAACCAUCUUCAUCACAGACAUCUAAACCACAAUCACAGCCACAACAACCCCAGUUGUUAUCACUUGAACAACAACAACAACUUCUACAACAAUUAGCUUUACUAACAGCUCAACAGCAACGACAACAAUCACAGCCACAGAUUCAGUUCCUACCACAACAAGCUGGUGCACCUCAACAACCAUUUUUUGAUCCAUCAACUGGCCAACAGUUUUUCGGACCGCAAGGAUCGGGUGCACCACAACAACAGCAGUUUUUUAAUCCAAACCAAUUUUUAGUACAACCACAUCAACAACAAUUUUCAGGACAACCUGUGGCCGCAUCGCCAACACCGACUCAAACACCGUCCCAAUCACAAGCAGCACCAGCACAGGGACCACAAAUCAAUUGGGGCAAAUGUCUACAAUUAGAGCCAUCAGAAAAAGAAAAACAAAGCAAAGCACAGGUUAUUACCAAAUGUCUGGAAACAACUCCAUUGCCGCCAAACAUCACUCGAGAGACAGUUGAGUUGCAUAGAGAACAGAUAGCUGCCUGUGCUCUACAAAGUGAAGGUUGGUUCUUAAGCAAUGGCGGCUAUGACUUCGGCAAAGCUGAAAAUGAAAUCAAAAAUAAGAAGUUAACGAAACAAAUUGAGAAUCAAGUGAUAGGAUAUCAUAAACAAUGCAAAGAAGAGGCCGAAGAAAAAUUUCCGACGUCUAAGAACACAGUUAUCGCACAAAUCCAGUUAUAUCAGGCAUGUAUGGACUACUUCAUCAGUGAUGUCUGUGGUAUUGAAGUCAUGGAAGCAGAGACACCACAAUUCACAGGACCCACACAAUAGAGUCACCUUUUAUUAACAUUUUUCAAAUUGUCUAUAGUUUCCCAAUAAUUCAAUUAUACAUUAAUUUAUCACUAAUUUACAAC